CCUCCCACUUCUUGGAGCGUGACCCCCGUCUCGACUGAGUCCUUGGCGACUGGUCCGUUGGUGAGGAACGAUGGAGGAAAACCUGUCCAAAGCUGUGCCCAAACACGUACACCAUCACCGCAGAUCGAGCCUUCACGGAGAUGUUCGUGAUCUAUGGACCACGGCCACGAUGUCCACAGGGAACGUGUCGGUGGCCGACGUCUGCGAGGACUUCGACGAGGAGGGCAGAACUGUAGGGAAGUCUCGCAGGUACAGCCAGACCAUUUCUAUUUUGGAAAACCUCCAUCUCAAGCCAGAAGAGAUCCAGCAGCAAGCGCGUUUGGAGCUAGAGCUGCGCCGUGGCAGAUCCUUGGAGCGCGAUCUCGCGGUAGAGGAGGAGCACGACGAAUCUGUGACCGCCCUUGUAAAGUGUACUUCAGAGUCAUCAGCCAGCCAGUCAAAGCAAAUGCCGCAUCAAGCCUACUGGACAGAGCAGCAGAAUAGGCUGCCCCUGCCCCUGAUGGAACUCAUGGAGAAUGAAGUUCUGGACAUUCUCAGCAAAGCCCUCAAUACCUACAAGAGCACGAUUGGCAGGGGUCACUACAUGACUAAAGAGCUGCAGGGAUACAUCGAGGGACUCAAGAAGCGCCGGAACAAGAGGCUGUACUGUAUGCCUGUGUGAACCUCCAGCUCAAGUGGCCGACCAGAUGUCAACUCCGUGCCCUGUCCCGUUCCUCGGACCCAAGCUCG